GUACUUCGGGCGUCAUUGUUUCAAACAUAACGUUAGUAACAGAAUCGAAACGAAACGAUUAUGCUCUCCAAGGAGAAUCCGCUGAGCUGCACUGCAAUUAUGCGACAGCAGCGGAUGAGACUGUUUCUUCCGUCCGAUGGGAAUGGAAAAGAAGGGGAUCAGAAGAAAGUACAGAAGUGUAUGUGUGGCGACCGAAUCGCAGGCCAGUUACAAAAGAGAUCUUUUUCGGGAGAACAGAUGUCACCAACACAGACCCAAGCGUUAUCAUGAUUCGACAAGCACAUAUGGAGAUGGAAGGGAAAUACCGAUGCAUAGUGCAGACCAAUCAGAUAUCAGGUUUUACUGAGUUCCAGUUAAUAGUUGUUGUCGAUGCUUGCCAGGAUAAUGUAUGGACUACCCAUCUAGACAUGGACACAUGCACAGAAACCAUUCGCAUGCAUUGUGUUGGGCUGUUUCCUAAGCCCUCAGCAUCUUGUGGAAUUUAUAACGAAGAAGCUAACCACUUUCUAACGAGUGUUCCUUUUGAUAGAGUGAUCACUCUACGAAAUCACACCUAUGAAGUGACUUUAAACAAACAGUAUUUCAUAAGCGACUGGACCAGCUACACUAACAUCUCAUUUAGAUGCUAUUUUGUAAUAGAUAAGACCUCUUGGAGACGUGGUAUAAGGUACAAAUUGUUUGGAGAUUAUGGAUGUGAUCCUGUCCCACCUUUACCGGGCUCAGGCAGGUACAACAUGACAGAAGAGAAAUCCUGUUGGAAUAGACCAAGGGAAGGAGCUAUCGUACAUUAUAGUUGCAACAAUACAAAAAAAUUGCAGGGCCCAGAGACUUUAAUCUGCAGAAAUGGAUCAUGGUUACCUGAGUCGCCAACCUGGACACAACACGCUAAACCUUUCUGUAGCACAGCUCAGACACUGAGAACGCAUCUUUUCACAGCAUGGAUAAAAAUUUUGUUAACUCUCUACAUGCUUCAUAAGCUUUAGGAUAAUUACAAAUUUGCCACCUACGAUUUUAAUUUCAUGAUUGAUGUGAAUAACCCUGGAAUUCUUCUUGCAACUUGAGGAAUAUCAAGAUCAAGAGAAUAAAUGUCAAUGAGAGCUGAAGAUUAAGACAUUUCUGAACUCAAAUUUGCAUUCAUGAUUAAAUAGUUAAUAACAGCUUAGCUUAGAAUAAAUAUUAAUCUUAGAUGUUUUGCCAUGGUAUGUGAUCAAAUUUUUCAGGCAGUUAAGGAAUUACUGUUAAAAACAAAAAUGCUAGAUCACUAUGGUAAAAUCUAUAUUUUCAGUUCCCAGACGGUUCUUAAAAUGAUUCUUCAAUAAAAUGUUUUGCAGGUGCACGAAACUAAUGAGAUUUUGUACCCAUCAAAAAUAAAACAAAUAUUUGACAUUUUUAUUUACUUCAAAUAAGUCCAAAACUUGUAGUUAGUGAAAAGAAUUGUGGUAUGAUCACUCAAAACAAAAAGACAUAUGUUACAAUCAAUACGUUUUUCUUAAUAUAUUGGCUCUCAAGACAAGAGUACAUAUAUGAGACAGAAUAAAUGUGCUGAAAAAUUACUGCACCUUUUCCAUAAUCUUGAAAAACUUAUACUUGAUACUAUAAAUGGUUUUCAUUUCGUUUUGAACAGCUGGAAAUAAGAAUACGGACUUUUGCUCACGUAAACUAUUACAGUUUUAUGAAAGCAAUACAUGUAAAACCUAUUUACAGAUAUUUAUGUUUGAUCGCGAAACUACCAUGGACAGCCAUUACUUAACAAAAAAGGUAUGUUUUAUCUCAAACAGCUAAUAAUUCGAAAGUAAGUAAGCGCUUGUAUGGACCAGAUUACAAUUUAUAAGCAUUUUUGUGCUUUCUUAUUCGAAAUUAUUAGCUGAAUUUUGCGCGUUUGUUGAAACAAAUCAUCUAAGCGUGCAACGUUCGUGAAUCUUUUUUCUUGGAGUUUUAUUUUAAAGUGCAUUUAAUACAUGUAUACCCCGCUUUACAUUCAUAUCUAAAAGAGUAACUGGAGCAGUUUCACUAGUGAUUCUUGUUAUAAGCUGUGCUGAAACCAAAACAUUUAGUAAAUAAAUAAAUGCAGUAUGUAAUAUCAUGUGAUCUAAUUAAACUGUUGGGAAAAUUGAUAUCUACAGCCUCAAUGCAGGUUUCCAUUUAAAUCAUCCCAUUAGACGUUCUUUACAUUAAGCUUCACUUUGCAGCGAAAAUGUUUCUUAGUUGUUACUGAAUAAACAUUAUUGCUUUUUAUAUUUUAGACUAGCAGCUUUAUAAUAAUUUGACCUAACACCUCAAAGAAACCCGCUAAACUCGACAACAAUUUCUGAAAAAACAGGAAUAUUUUUAGCUUAAAGACUUCAUCAUAUGUAAUCAAAUUGUUUCAAGUUUUAUUAUUCAAGAAAAAGGUAACAAAAUUCUGGCUGGUACAUUUCUAAUCAAAUAACUUGAAUAAAUGGUUAUAAUCGUUAAAUGUAACUAUAAACAUAUGUUCCUGUAACUGAGACUAGAUCCCUUGCACUGGAACCAAAGUGAUUGCUGAGAGCAUGAAUGCUUCUCAUGUGAUCAAAUACUCAUCAAUAAAUUCUCAGACACUUUUAUGUAUGCUUGUCAGAAACGUCUAUGUACGACCAGUCAAAAUAAUUUCUUUGCAUAAAUAUGCAAAGAAAACAAAUAAAAAAGGGCUUUUAUGAAAACCAAUGCAAUUUGUAGUUAAUUGCUUUUUAUUAGUUUAUGUAUUUAUUUUUUAUGAUUUAAAUAAAGCUAGCAGAAUUGUUUAAUCAAAAUAAAAGAAUAGAAUCAGAAUUAUAAAAUGAACUGGAUAUUCAGCUAAUAACGGACCUCUUAAUAUAGAAGUAAAAAGUAAGAAGAUGUUAAUUUUAGUAAACGAGAUAAUAUUAUUCAGUAUUCUUUUUUUUUUUUUUUUUUUUUGGUCCUUUUGGGCCCUUAUCCUGUCGGGCGAUUGUUACUUGUAUGCAGUUGCUUAGACUCAUUAUAUAGCAACAAGAGCUCUACAACUUUAACAGUGCGCUUGGGCUUGUUCUGUUUUUUUUUUUUUUUUUUUUUUUUUUUUUUUUAUUAAAAUUGUUUCUUAUCCUAACUUCUGAGGCACUUUCCUUCAAAUUUCACUUAAAUGUAAUUUGCUCAUCAUUGCUCAUUUGUAGAUUGAAUGAACUCUAAUUCAGAAGUCAAACAAAAAUUAGCGUUAUAUUUACAAAAAACUCUAAUUGCUCUGAAAGACUACUUCACACUGUGAACCAUUAUGUCACUGUCACAAUGUUUCACAAACAAUCUUCCUUCUUGAGUUAUAUUCCGGGUUUUCUUCAAACAUGUUUGUGUCCUUUGAUGCCAAGUGAUGCAGAAUUCGCUUUCAUCUGAAAAUAUUACUCCUUUCCUGAAUUCACUGACGUAGUAAUAUAUUUUUGAAAAUGUUAAGCGCUUUAUUCAAUUUCAUCUAGAAGUGUAUUGUUUACGGAUACAAAAUGUUUUCAGUAGCUUUCGAAAGGAACUGGCAAAAUGUGUUUAUAAACUUCCUUUCAAUAUUUUUGUCAGCUGUGAUCCAGUUAGCCUAGGAUUUAAUUUAAUGACUAAUUGUAUUGCAAAUUUUCAUUCCUGAUAAUUUCGGUCGGCAUCCUGUCCGUGGUUUUGGCAUCAAACUCCUAUUAAUUUCAGUUUUUUAAUCCUUCCUUGAAUUGAAACAUUUUUUUUUUCUGUUAACUACUCGACAAAGUUUUGGUAAAGGAUGCCCCAUUUUCACAGGUCUGUAAUGACUUUUCUUCCCGUUCAAAUGAAUUCCUUUUCAUUUAAACUUGCAUUAUAAGUAUUUUAACUUCGAAGUUCAUAUAUUAUUACUAUUAUUAUUAUUGUUAUUAUUAUUAUUAUUAUUAUUAUUAUUGUGUUGUUGAUGAUGAUGAUGUUAUUGUUAUUAUUAUUAUUAUUAUUAUGGCAUGGCUGAACUAGUGCCUGUGAAUUUUAUGCUUGCAUUUUACGUACAAGACCACAAAAAAUAAUUGCAUGAUAAUAAGUGAGGCAAACAUAUAACGUUUAUUUAUAAAAGUAUUAAUGCCAAAGAUAAACAAUCAAUGUUAUUCAUAAUACGACUUAACUAUCUGUAAUUGACACGUCUAAGUAUGUUAUACAUAUUAAACGUUUAUAACAUUAUUUUUUAAUUCGUAACAUUCAUUGCAGCCGUCAAUUAUUAGCAUCAACUACAAGGAAAUAUUCAUGCUUUAAGAAAUUUUGAAUUCUACCUCUUCUUGUAGUAUUACAAAUAACUUUAAAUUAGUAGUAUUAACUAUAUAAAAAUUAAUUGUUUUAAUAAUAUAUGUCAUACUUAUAACUAUAAAAUAAUAUAUUUUAUUUCUUAAAGUCAUUUCUAAAGUCGAAGUCAAUUUUUAGAAUACAAAUCGGAUGGAUCCACAUUACAGGAACAUUUUCUUAAUUUAGACUAACAUUAUAGCGGGGUAUGCAUCAAAUGUGUUGAUUUAUUUGAGUCUGCUAUGACUAUUUUGAAUUUUGUGUCAAAUAACUUAGUUUUGUGUUAAAUAACUUAAUUUUGUGCUAAAUAAAUUUAACGCACUUCUUUCUUGUAAUAAAUAACAAUUGUCAUUGUUUAUAUUUUUCAAUUACUUAAUGAAAACUUAAUGAAAAAUUAUAAUGGCAAAAAUACUUCAAUAAAAUGUAACAAGCUCUUGUA